ACUGAAUGUGACCUGGAAAAAGGUUUGGAGAUGAGGAAGUGGGUCCUGUCUGGGAUCUUGGCCACAGAGGAAUCAUACCUCAGUCACCUGGAGGCUCUGCUGCUGCCCAUGAAGCCUCUGAAGGCUGCAGCCACAACAUCGCAGCCCGUCCUCACCGUGGCCCAGAUAGAAACCAUCUUCUUCAAAGUGCCUGAGCUGUACGAGAUCCACAAGGAGUUCUACGAUGGACUCCUGCCCCGCGUGCAGCAGUGGAGCCACCACCAGAGAGUCGGGGACCUCUUCCAGAAACUGGCCAGCCAACUGGGAGUUUACCGAGCGUUCGUGGACAACUACGAGCUGGCCGUGGAGACUGCGGAGAAGUGCUGCCAGGCGAACACGCAGUUUGCAGAAAUCUCUGAGAACCUGAAGGUGAGGAGCCCCAAAGACUGUAAAGACCAGACGGGCAAGAACUCUCUUGAGGCUUUACUAUAUAAACCAGUGGACAGAGUAACACGUAGCACAUUGGUACUUCAUGACUUACUCAAACACACGCCCACGAGCCACCCGGACCACGCUCUGCUGCAGGACGCUCUGCGGAUCUCCCAGAACUUCUUGUCCAGCAUCAACGAGGAGACGACGCCGCGGCGCCAGUCUAUGACCGUCAAGAAGGGAGAGAACAGGCAGCUGCUGAGGGACAGUUUCAUGGUGGAGUUGGUGGAAGGAGCCAGGAAGCUGCGACACGUCUUCCUCUUCACGGAUCUGCUGCUCUGCGCCAAACUGAAAAAACAGAUCGGAGGAAAAAGCCAGCAGUACGACAGUAAGUGGUACAUCCCCCUGACCGAACUGACCUUCCAGGGUCCAGAGGAGACCGAACCACUCACCAUCCCCCAGGUCCCCGAUGAGGAGCUCGAUGCCAUGAAGGUCAAGAUCUCACACCUCCGCAGUGAGAUUCAGAGAGAGAAGAGAGCCAACAAGGGAUCAAAAGUCAUCGACCGGCUCAGGAAGAAAUUGUCCGAACAGGAGUCUCUUCUCCUGCUAACAUCUCCGAGUAUGCCGCUCCGCGCCUACAACAAGAACGGAAAGAGCUACGGUUUCCUGAUGUCAUCUGACUAUGAACGUGCCGAGUGGAAGGAGAUAAUCAAAGAGCAGCAGAAGAAAUGUUUUAAAACGUCCUCCUUGACGUCCAUGGAGUUACAAAUGUUGACCAACUCCUGUGUCAAACUACAGACUGUUCACCACAUUCCACUCAGCAUCAAUAAAGAAGAGGAUGAAUCCUCUGGCCUCUGCGGGUUCCUGAAUGUAAUCGUCCACUCUGCCUCCGGCCUCAAACAGAGCUUAA